GUAUUAUUAGACUACUUAUACUAUGAUAAAAGCGAAAAAUGCUGCGCCCUAACAUCAAUGCUCGUCAACCCACCUAUAAUUAUUUGACUUUCCGUACGCUCGCUAAUUGCUAGAUUGAUAAAGUUAUUGUUAAAGUCAUAAAAUAUGCAUUUUAUUUGAAUAAAAUAAUUAUUACACUAUUUCACGACUGGUAAUGUAGGUUCGGAAAACGUAUAAAACUGCACAGUAUGUACUUGAAGUUGAAUACUAUUAUUGUAAGAAAAAUUAAUAACAUAGUAUUAAGCAUCUUGUUAUGUGCGUUACCUAUAAACCUACGGGAGGAUAGAGGUUUUAGUUGAUUUUUAAUGCUUAAAUUUUAACUGUGAGUAGUGUGCCUGCAAUUUUGUAAUUUUGAUUUGUAAUUUUGAUUUUGUACCGCUUGCAAUUUUGUAAUUUUGAUGGCUGUUGCUUGUAAUUGUAAUUAAAGUAUUAAUUUUACUUAGUUAUUUUACUUUUUAUUUUACUUACUUAAUUUUAUUAAUUUUACUUUAACAGUUUAACUGACUGCAGUUUGCUUUUGCGCUUGUACGUACAUUAGCGACCGAAGUACAACUGGACCCAGCUAGAUCGCUGACCGCUGAAGUAGUACUCGUACGGUACACGGAUUUAUUAUGCACGCUAAGUGACGCUUGAAACAAAAACACGGAUGCUACAGUUGCUUCUUUAAUUCGUUUUUUAACUACAAACGUUGACGCACAAAAAAGUCCAAGUCAACGAAUUCUGACAAGUUACAAACUGCCGACGAUGGAGCAUUUUGGACGGUGAUUCUUGCACACUAGCUUCCUGAACAUCCUUGCUUCCAAAGGGCUCAACGUUUUUUUUAAAUUUUAUUUCUCCAGUACCUCCAGACUGAACAUGCGUGUCGUCAUAACCCGUAUCCUCAGCAUUGUUGCUUUCCUGGGCCAAGCGAUCAUCCUGGACUAUUACAUCAUCUCCAAGCUCUGUGACAAAUGGAUCGCGCUUAUCGUGGCGGACAUCAUGACGGUGUCAGUAAUGAUCUUCUCUUUCAUCUUUGCCCAUCGAUACUUUGCCCGGUUUGCCUCGCUGGAGCAGGACAUCGAGAAUCGCCGCAGCCGCCGUGUUGAUGGCCGGCCCCGAGUUCCGGGGUUGCUGCCCUGCAUUUUCCUGUCGUGGUUUGUGUACACCGCCUUCCUGGUCCUGAAGAUUGUCGUCAUCUUCAAAACAUUCGGACCGGAUCUGUCGGGCGAGGACGACUGGGGAACGAAUCUGCUCGAGUUUGUCAUAACGGGUACUGUCGGGGUGUUUGCCUUCUUGAUUGCCGGUCGUGAGCGUCAUCCUACGCCUUCCCAGAAAACCUGCUUAAAAUUCAUGCAGUGCCAUGUUCUGAUUGAAAUCAUCGAUUGUGUGGAAUUCCUGACUAUCCUUUUUACGGCGGAGCAUAACCUCAUGGUCCCGGUGUUUGUGACUGACCUGAUCCUGGGCUUUUCCUGCGUCAAUUUAAUCCUGCCGACCAUCGGCCUGUACCAGUUGAGCGCUCAGAACUUUAACCAGCCCAAACCACGAGAAAAUUUUUAUGUACUGCAGACGGUGUUGUCCACCGUGUUCGGCAAUAUUCCGUUUUUAAUUAUCCGUGUAUUUCUCUGGACGGAUCAUCAGUUCACCAAUGCCCUGUUCGUUAUGAAGAAUAUUGUGGCCAUCUGUCAAAAUAUCGUAGAGUUGGUGCAUUAUUUCACCCGAGACCAGAAGAAAGCCAAAGAUGUUCAUGCGUUGAAAAACGGCUCUUUUUCGGACGGAAACAAUAGUCAGGCCAGUUUGAGUUUGUAAUCUUCCUAUUUUUCUCGUGCUUCCUUCUUGGUUGUAAAUUAUUUUAUUCCGGUGUGUGUGCAGUCGGUGUUGAGCAUAUAUAGGUGUUCUGGUGGGAAAUACGUUCUGUUCGAUUCUUGCAAGUUUAAAGUGCUGUCAUUUUUCUCCAUCGUUGUGUACCAAAGGAAUAAGAUUCGUCACUAUAAAACUUGCAUAAAUUUAGGGAACGUUUGCUGCCUGUAGCACUGCUUUACUUAAUUAAGAGU